AUGAAGACGGUGAUCGGAAAAGAAGACGGUGAUCGGAGAAAAGAAGACGGUGAUUGGGAAAAUAUGAGAGAGGAGAACGAAGAAGGUGGUUGGGAAAAUAGAAAUCUGAGAGGAGAACGAAGAACGAAGAAGGCUUCACGUGCAUCAAGUUUUCCAAAAACACCAAUUAUGAUGGGAUCUUCAUCAUCAUCUUUGUCUUCUAACACAUGGAAAUAUGAUGUGUUUCUUAGCUUUAGAGGAGAAGAUACUCGCAAGACUUUUGUAGACCAUCUCUACUCUACUCUUGUGCAACACUCGGUAUAUGCUUACAAAGAUGAUGAAACACUUCCUCGAGGUGAUACUAUCGGUCCAUCUCUCUUGAAGGCUAUCCAAGAAUCUCAAAUUGCCCUCAUCAUAUUCUCCCAGAACUAUGCCGAGUCUUCUUGGUGUUUGGAUGAACUUGCAUACAUUGUCAAAUGCAAGGAGGAGAAAGGCCAAAUCAUUAUGCCUAUAUUUUAUGACGUGAAUCCCUCUGACGUAAGAAAACAAACAGGGCACUUUGGCAAUGCUUUUUCCAAACAUAAUAAGUCAGCUAAAUUUGAAACAUGGAGAAAAGCGCUAUUGGAUGCAAGUAACAUUGCAGGAUGGGAACCCAAACACAUUGCCAACGGGCAUGAAGCAGUUGGCAUCAAAAUAAUCGUUAGUACUGUUCUAGAUAAAUUGUUAUAUGUAAAUUCAGAUGUUGAUGAAAACCUUGUUAAAAUGGGGCCUCGCGUUAAAUAUAUUGAAUCACAACUUCAAAUUGGGUCACGUGGUGUGCGAAUGAUUGGGAUAUGGGGAGUAGGGGGUGGUGGUAAGACCAAUCUUGCCUUUUCUGUUUAUAUGAAAAUCCGUGGCUAUUUUCAAGGUCAUUGCUUUAUUGGUAAUAUUCGUGAAGAAUCAGCAAAACAUGGCUUACAAAAACAACAAGAAAAAGUUAUAUCAAUAGUUAUGAAAACACAAGUGUCAGUGGCGAGUGUUCAAGAAGGAAAUUACAAAAUUAAAAGUAUGUUACAUCGUAGGAAUGUGUUGAUUGUUCUUGACGAUGUUGAUGACGUUAAGCAAUUAGAGGCAUUAGCAGGAUCACAUGAUUGGUUUGGUGGGGGGAGUAGAAUAAUAAUCACAACUAGAGAUAAGCAUUUACUAAUAACUCACAUGGUAGAUGAGAUGUAUCCUAUGAGUUUAUUAUCAGAUGACGAGGCUAUCCGGCUCUUGAACAAAGAUGAAUAUCAGGAGAAAAAAUUCGUAAAAGUCUAUGAAGAACCUUCCCGUGUGGUUUAUGAUACUAAUUCGGCUCAACGUGUGGAGACUUAUUCCACUCAACCAUCGGAUGAUGUGAUAUUAGAGAUCCAAAACCAAAACAUCCACGAAACUUCUCAAAUGGAUGUCAUUGACCAUAUUGAGUACACAUAUAUUCCAGGUCUACAUCACUAG